CAGUGCGGAAGUGCUUCUGAGCAGCGCUCGUGGACGCGGCCUGGUUUUGUGGGGCUGCGUUUAUGUCUUUGGGGUUUUUAAUCGACUAAUCAAAGGACAUAUUAGUUGUUUUUUUUAAAGAAUUAAAACGUUGUGAAGGAUGUCUGCGGAUUCGGGGUACGGCCAGCAAGGCGGUCCACAAAGCUAUGGAUCUUAUGGUGGACAGCCUGCAGGCGGUCAGGGAUAUGGGCAAGGAAACGGCACUGGCUCAUAUGGAGCACAACCUUACAGUGGCUAUGGUCAGCAAGCUGCAACUCAAGAAAAUUAUGGGCAGUCUAAUGUGAGUGGCUAUGGUCAGCAACAGACUGCCUAUGAAGGAUAUGGACAGGACACAUCUGCGUAUGGAGACAAGUCUUCUUCCUAUGGCCAACAAUCUUCAGGGUCUUAUGGCCAGCAAGCUUCAUAUGGGCAGCAGCCACCAGCAGUUUCCUAUGGCCAGCCAGGCUCUUAUGGCAGUCAGAGUCAAGGAGGAGACUCUUAUGGAAGCCAAGGUGGUGGCACCAGUGGUAGCUACGGAGGCCAGAGUCAAGGAGGAAGUGGAGGAAGCAGCAGCAGCAGCAGUGGUGGUGGUGGCGGCUAUGGAAGAUGGAAUGACGGUGAAGACAGUGGUCAAGGUGGGAGGUUUGGUGACCGAUCAGAAGGAGGCGGGUACAGAGGCAGAGGGCGUGGUGGCUAUGAUCGCGGCGGUGGUUAUGACCGCAGUGGGGGGUACGACCGCGGAGGUGGAGGAGGCUACGAUCGCAGUGGUGGCUUUGACCGUGGCGGAUACGACCGGGGUGGAAGAGGAGGACCUCCUGGUAUGGGAGGUGGUGACCGUGGUGGCUACAAAAAUUUCGGUGGAUCUCGAGACUACGGCUCCAGGGAUGAACCAGCUGGUGAGCAGGAUAACUCUGACAACAACACAAUCUUUGUACAAGGACUGGGGGAGGAUGUGUCGGUUCAGGAAGUUGCAGACUACUUCAAACAAAUUGGAGUUAUCAAGGUGUGUGAAUAAGAAACUGGCCUGCCUAUGAUCAACAUCUACAACGAUAAGGUCACUGGUCGUCCAAAGGGAGAAGCAACAGUGUCGUUCGAUGACCCUCCUUCUGCCAAAGCUGCCAUUGACUGGUUUGACGGUAAAGACUUCAAUGGCAAACCCCUCAAAGUUUCUUUUGCAACCCGGAGAGCUGAGUUCACCCAACGUGGUGGCGGCAGAGGCGGACGUGGAGGUUUCAGAGGUCGUGGGGGUGGUGGUCCCAACUUUGAUAUUAAAGGAGGUGACUGGCCCUGUCCAAACAGUUCUUGCGGCAACAUGAAUUUUGCUCGGCGGCAUGAGUGUAAUAAGUGUGGCGCGCCCAAACCUGAUGGUGGUGGAGGCAGGGGUGGCUUUGGCGGAGACCGAGGUGGCGGCUACAGAGGACGAGGUGGAGGUUUCCGUGGUGACCGUGGAGGCUAUGAAAGGGGAGGUGGUGGAUAUGGAGGUGGUUACAAAAUGGGAGGAAGAGGUGACCGUAGAGAUGACAGACGAGACCGGCCAUACUGAACGUGUUGAGAAUUGAUGCCAUUUUAGCUCUUGGGUUUUGUUUUAAGUCAGAAAAACAUCAAAUACAACUGAUUUGUGUACCUUUGUCAUAGCCAGUCCAUCUCAAUGUUGUAAACAUCAGUCAAUGUUGUGAUGAACUGCUGUGAGAGGUCUCUGGACAAUGUUAACUUUUUUUUGUUUUAUUUCAUUGUACAUCUUUUAAUUUUGCAGAUCCUAGUUGCAUUUCUGUGUAAUAGGCCUUGCAUUGUUUUGUAUGAAAGCUUGUUUUAUGUGGUUCUUUUCCAAAAUGAUAUUAAACUGUGAUUUUUUUUUCUCGUC